AUGGUGACCGGUAUUUCACGCGUCUACAACAAUCAGGAGUUUGAGCUUGUCGUCAGUAAACUCACGGUGCUGUUCACCGCUAUCAUGACCAUAUUGAUGGUUUUCUUCGGCACUUAUGGCAAAUCAAUUUUGCUAAACGACGAGAAGAAGAAGAUGGUGCAGGCAUCAGGGCUAUUCGGAAUCGGCUGCUCGCUGUCGUCGGUAGUCGACGCAAUGAUCCGUCCCAAAAAUCCCGAUUUUCAUCUCAGCGGCGAGAUCGCGAUUAUUUCGGCCUAUGGUACCAUAUGCACUCUCGUUUACGCCAUCUUCGAAGAAGAUUAUGGUCAAUUAUGCAUAGCGGUCUUUGUUGUUGGCUUCCUCGGAUGUUUGGUGUUGCCCGUCGCCGCGAUGAGUGGCUGGGUUCCGCCGACUCCGCCGACUCCGCCGACGCCAGUAUUAGAUCCACGUCUCGAAGAGGUAAUGAAACGGCUUGGAAGACCAGGUGACAGCAACGGAACCCUCCAUCUGGCCACGAUCUUCGCCAUCCUGAUGAAGCCGGAGGCGCCGGAGACGACGGUGUUGGUCCAGGCAACGAUAACUUCUUCGCCGGAACUUCCGCCGGCGAAUCCUGCAGAAAACAUCCAUCUCGUAAUUCAGAAUCAGUCUACUGGAAGUAGCGGUCGCGGCCGCGGCCGCGCCAUCAAAACCGCCGCCGCAAGUCCAGGCGUACUCACACGGUCCCAGGCGAAGAAGCGAGUCAACAUCGUAUAA